AUGGCUGCCGGUUGCCUUUGGCUGCUGCUGUUUUUCUCCGCCUUGUGCCGCGGGUCUUUCCCGCCGAGCCCGGCGGGGCCGCGCUACUCCCCUGACUGGGGCAGCCUGGACGCGCGGCCCCUGCCGGGCUGGUUCGACGCGGCCAAGGUGGGGAUCUUCGUGCACUGGGGGGUCUUCUCGGUGCCCGCCUGGGGCUCGGAGUGGUUCUGGUGGCACUGGAAGGGCGAGCUCCGUCCCGACUACGAGCGCUUCGUCCGCCGGCGCUUCCCGCCGGACACCUCCUACGCCGACUUCGCCCCGCUCUUCUCCGCCGCCGACUUCCAGCCGGAGGAGUGGGCGCAGCUCUUCCAGGACGCCGGUGCCAGAUAUGUGGUGUUUACCUCUAAGCAUCAUGAAGGCUUCACCAACUGGGGGUCGGAGGCAUCCUGGAACUGGAAUUCAGUGGAUACUGGCCCCCACCGUGACUUGGUUGGUGAACUGGGAGAGGCUGUCCGAAAAAGAAACAUAUCCUAUGGCCUAUAUCAUUCCCUUUUUGAAUGGUUUCAUCCGUUGUAUUUACUGGACAAAAAUAAUAGCUUCAAGACCCAGUUUUUUGUCUCUAAGAAGACUCUUCCAGAACUCUACGAACUUGUUCUAAGAUACAAGCCGGAUCUUAUUUGGUCAGAUGGCGACUGGGAAGCUCCGGAUACUUAUUGGAAUUCAACUUCCUUCCUUGCCUGGCUAUACAACGAUAGCCCAGUUAAGGAUAAUGUGGUGGUGAACGAUCGAUGGGGCACCAAUUGUUCCUGCAAACAUGGCGGAUUCUACAACUGUCAGGAUAAAUAUGAGCCCGGCGUUCUGCCAGGCCACAAGUGGGAGAUGUGCAACUCUAUUGACGAAAGGUCAUGGGGGUAUCGCAGCGACAUGCAAAUUUCUGAAGUCAUAAAUGAGUCCACCAUUAUUUUGCAACUGGUGCGCACUGUCAGUUACGGAGGAAAUUACCUUCUGAAUGUGGGGCCAACCAAAGAAGGAUUGAUUGCUCCGAUUUUUCAAGAGAGGCUCCUGGCUCUCGGGAAUUGGCUGAAGGUCAACGGAGAGGCCAUAUAUGAAUCCAAGCCGUGGCGGACGCAGAAGGAGAAUCGCAGCGAGGAAACCUGGUACACCUCAAAGGGACCCGCAGUCUACGCCAUUUUCUUGAUGUGGCCAAAAGACAACGUCUUGACUCUUUCAUCACCUGUUGUUUCUGCAAGUACUCAAAUCACUAUGUUGGGAUUCUCCAAGCCUUUGAAGUGGCAGUCAUCACAACAAGAAUUGCAGGUCUUCUUGCCCUCAGAAAAUCGUUGGCUUCUCCCAUUUGAGCACGGCUGGGCUGUGAAACUACUUGGAGUAUUGUGAUGGGAAAUUUAGAAACAAAUCGCAGAAUGAUUGUCUGUCCUUUUUACCUCAUGCUUAAACCUGGUUGAUCAAGGGCCUGAGCAAAUCUGGAAGAAGUUGCAGCUAAAGAAUGCUUUAGCAUUUCCAGGCUGGCCAUCCUUGCGCUUACCUUUUUCAAAGGGAUGGUUGUAAAUUAGAUAUGCAACUUGAGUUAACCUCGAUAUAAUAGACAAAUCCAAAAUUGUGCUGUAAUACACUAAAACGUUGCUUUGAUGGAAAUUAAAAUGUCUCAGGGAAAUUAUAUUUUCUGGCACAAAACUGGCUGCGGAAGAGGCCUCAGUUGCCAUUUUUU